AUGCAAGGGAAGCUGACCCCUACCUAUCUAGGCAUCUACGGACAAUGGACCGGAGUGGUGUGCAUCGUGCUGUGCUUCGCUCUCGGAAUCGCCAACAUCUUCUCCUUCAAUGCCGGACGCAUCGUUUUUAGUAUCAUCUGCCUGGUGUCCGCCUUUAUUAUCAUCUUCAUCGAAGUGCCCUUCUUGCUACGAAUCUGCCCUACCUCGGAAAAGUUCGACAACUUCAUUCGUCGGUUUACCACCAAUUGGAUGCGCGCUGCGAUGUAUGCGAUCAUGAGUACGGUCCAGUGGCUCAGUCUUCUAACCGGCGCGUCGAGCUUGAUCGCGGCGGCCGUGUUCCUCAUCAUUGCGGCUCUCUUCUACGCGCUGGCCGGCCUGAAGAGCCAGGAGUUCGUGGGCAGCAAGACAUUGGGUGGCCAAGGUCUUGCGCAAAUGAUUGUUUAG